AUGUUCAACUUCAGGAAGCCCCAGGAUCAAGUUCGAGGCCUCCCCAGGUUACAUGACGCCGUAUCACCUCAAGGGAACAAUGUUGUGAAGCUCCCUAGUUUGGGAGAAUUUGACGAAGGAGUCGAGGCCCUCAUUCGAACACAUGGACCAGUGAAGACCUGGACUCCAUUAUCUCCGCUCCCCGGACUUUCUGGCAACUCCAUGGUCCUUCAGCCUAUGAGAUCCAUUACACAACCGCAGCCGCCAUGGUCUUUCCAAACUGCUGAUAUUCCUAAUGACUGCCCGAUCUCAAGCAGAGGGAGAAACAGCGGGCAUAAUCGAUACUCGCUUGCAGUUGAUCAUCCGCAGCAACUUUUGCAGGGAAACUAUCGAAACCCAGACACUUACUACGGCUAUGGCACUGGCAGCCCAUCUCUUCAAGCACCAUCAAACGCGCAUUGCUAUCCAAGUCCACCACCAGACGGCGAGGGUCGGCACAUUAACCAAAAGUACACAACAGAGGAGGGUGACUACAUCAUAUACGCCUGGCAUGACAAGAAGAUGAAGUGGCAGCGCAUCAAGCAAGAAUUUGCAGCUCGGUUCGGCACUACUCCUGAGCGAACGAUCCAAGGUCUCCAAGCGUGGUAUUACCGUAUGAACCAACGCAUACCUGUUUGGGAUCAGGAGGGCUGGCUCUGCUUCGACAACGAAGAUGACCUUGAACCUCAGCAUGUCAGCAUCAAGGUCCGCGAACGGGAUAGUCAGGACAAACCCAUGGAGCCACUGGGAAUAGCUCAGCGAUACCCUGAACGUGCUAUCCACUACUCGUGGGUCGACGCUGAGACUAAGUUCAAGGCCCAAGACUGGGCUGCCAAAAGAGCUUUGCAGUACCGUGACAGGCGAGAGAGACGUAGAAGAAAGGAGCAGCGACGACUGAAGCUAUGA